UCCAUUGAUAGUAUGAAACAGGACUGCUAAAGUUUUUGCUUUAAUGGUUAAACUGUGGAAGAAGCUUAUGAAACAAAAUGAUUUUGCAUCUGAUUUAGGCAAAUUAUUUCGAGAGAAUCACUGGAAAUAUCUCACGGGCAAAAACAUUCAUUACUGAAAUGAAGAAAUGUGGAAACAUCUCACGAGGAAAAACAUUCAUUACUGAAAUGAAGACAUGUGGAAAUAUCUUACGAGGAAAAACAUUCAUUACUGAAAUGAAGACAUGUGGAAAUAUCUCACGAGGAAAAACAUUCAUUACUGAAAUGAAGACUUGUGGAAACAUCUCACGAGGAAAAACAUUCAUUACUGAAAUGAAGACAUGUGGAAAUAUCUCACGAGGAAAACAUUCAUUACUGAAAUGAAGACAUGUGGAAAUAUCUCACGAGGAAAAACAUUCAUUACUGAAAUGAAGACUUGUGGAAAUAUCUCACGAGGAAAAACAUUCAUUACUGAAAUGAAGACUUGUGGAAAUAUCUCACGAGGAAAAACAUUCAUUACUGAAAUGAAGACUUGUGGAAAUAUCUCACGAGGAAAAACAUUCAUUACUGAAAUGAAGACUUGUGGAAACAUCUCACGAGGAAAAACAUUCAUUACUGAAAUGAAAACAUGUGGAAACAUCUCACGAGGAAAAACAUUCAUUACUGAAAUGAAGAAAUGUGGAAUUUCUUCUAAAGAAAGUUUCAACAGUCAUUUAGACGACCAGUUUAGAAGUACGAGUCCCUCAAGCACAGAGAAACAAUCUUACAAAAGAAACGACAAAACAAGCGGUGACGUCAUCAUAGGUGCGGACGUCAUCAUAGGGGCUGACGUCAGAACUAUUGACGUAAGAGAAGAUGUUUACGGUGCUUCAAAUGAUGAAGUGCUAACAUCAAAUGUCUCGGGUAACAGUAAUAAAGGAAAAGGAUUUGAUGAAGAAGAAAAGUCCAAGAAUGAAUAUUCAGAUGACUUUGUUGAGCUUAAAAAUGAUGAAUUGGUAAAGAAAAGAAACGAUGGAGAUUGUUUCUUGCAUAAUAGAACAAGCUCCAUGGAUUCUUUGCAAUAUAACGGUAUUUCAGUGGAAAGCGAUCGAAAAAUCAAUGAUAACGACGUUAAAAGGAAGGCCUUGCUUUCAUCAAAAACAGCCAUGGACAAGUUCAAAGACUUCCUUGUCGACACUAAAGGCGAAAGUUUGCUUCUGCUUUGGCUGCAAAUUGAGUAUUGGAAACAUAUUAAAAAUAGCGAAGAAAGAAAAAGAUACGUUCAGGAAAUGAAACAACAAUAUGGUUCACCAUUGGAGUUACCACGUAAGAUAAAGAAAGACAUGUUAUCAGGAUUAGCUGAAGAUAUGAAUGAAGCACAGAGAAUCGUUGAAGAACCAUUGUUAAACUAUUGGUGUAAAAGGUUCACGUUGCAUGAAGUAAAUAUUUCGAAAAAAGUUCAUUCAUCUUCAAAAAUGUCCCCAUCAAUACACAUUUGUACACCGAUACAUAUUUCACCAUAUCCCACCAACGCUCAAUACAUCCCUAGACCACAUCCAUACAAAACACCACAAUCCCUCAACGCUCAAUACAUCCACAGACCACACCCAUACAACACACCACAAUCUCUCAACGCUCAAUACAUCCCUAGACCACACACAUACAACACAACACAAUCCCGUAUAGUGAGUUAUUCCAGCAGUAGUUCACAUUGGGAAAGCAACAUGUCAUUACAACACGUGAGUCGCACGUGCAACAAAUGGAAACCGACCCACCUGAGAUCAAAGUCAGCACGUGGACGCAAAGUGACGACGCCUUAUCACACGAACGCUGGGAAGCGACAGUUUGAGGUGACGGAUGAUGUGAUUUCUACGAUCUACGCAACAUCAGAUAAGGAAGAAUUCGGAUUUCAAAAACGACCAAUCAGCGCGUUUCCAAGAUGUUGUGACGUGGAAUAUUUUUCACCAAUCAGACUUGUCAUUGCACUUUGA